AUUAUUGAGAGAAACAACUUUCUUUUUCUUGAAUUUGUUCAAAUUUCUAAUUAUCUAUGAUCCUUGUAUUUGAAGAAUUUGGGAUCUUCAAAUAUAAUUUGGAAGAUCCCAUCAAAAGAACAUGCGAAUAAGGUAAAAGUAAUUUCUUUUUUCCUUUAUAGUUGCUAAACCGCGGUGAAAAAAGAAAAAAAAAUCAGGUGCAACGAUAGAGGUGACUCGAAAAAAUUCUAUUUUUCGAAAAAAAAAAGAUGAAGAUGAGGGUUAAAAUGAGCCUAAUGUGUUUCAUGGUUUUGAUCAUGGCAACACAAGUGACUAGCUUUGUAGGCAUAACAUGGGGCAGGCAACAAACACAACAAUUGGUUCCAUCAAUGGUUGUUGAUUUGCUUUUACAAAAUAAGAUUCCACAAUUGAGAUUAAUGACUUCAGGAUAUGAUAUCAUUGAGAUAUUUUCAGGAACUAAUAUUAGCCUCAGUGUUACUAUGGGAAAUCAAUUUGUGUGGCAAGCAAAUAGAAAUGAUCUUGCAUAUGUAUGGGUGAAUGAUAGAAUCAAGGAUCCAAUCAACAAAGGUGUGAAUAUAGUAGAAGUAACCGUUGGUUCAGAACCAUUUUCGAAUACGUUCUUAAAAGAGGCAAAUAACAAUCAAGUGGUGCCCGUGUUAAAACUCAUACGAGAAACCCUUGAUGAUAUGAAGUUAGGGCACAUCAGAGCGACGACCGGCCAUGGCAUGGAUGUGUUAAAGGUCUCAAAAUUUCCAUCAGAGGCAGACUUUCGUGAUGACAUAAAAAAACCUAUGCUUGAAUCCCUAGAAGAGUUCAAUCGAACCGGAGUCCCUUUUGUUCUCUACAUGUUCCCUAUUCAUUUUGUUAAAGAGAUAAUGAAUUACACCAUGGAAUUCGCGUUCAUGGAUAACAAGAGUGGGUUCAAAAUCGUAGAUGGUAAUAUUACAUACACAAAUGCAGUGGAAUUAAUGAUUGAUUCUCUUGUGUGGGCAUUAAAGAAAGCAGGAUAUCCUGAUAUGAAAAUUAUGAUUGGUCAAAUUGGAUGGCCUACCGAUGGAUAUCCACAUGCAAAUAUUAAAAAUGCAGAAAGAUUUCAUAAGGGGUUAUUAAAAUAUGUAUCAUCAAAAAAAGGGACACCACUUAGACCAGGGCCUCUUGACAUAUAUCUUCAUAGCUUGUCAGAUGAGAAUGAAUUUCGUACAAUAUUUGGUACAUUUCAAAGGCAUUGGGGCAUUUACAGGGCAGAUGGAAAUCCAAAGUACAAGAUUGAUUUCUCAUUACAGGAUCGUGACGAGUAUCCUACAGAAGCUAAGGGCAUUGUGAAAAUGCCAAAUAGAUGGUGCAAGUUCAAUGGGGACACAUCAAACAUGUAUUUGGUGAACAAAAAUUAUGAUUUAGCAUGCAAAACUGCAGAUUGUACACGACUGGAAAAAGGAGCUUCAUGUGAUGGACUCAAAUUCGAAUCUAGAAUUUCUUAUGCUUUUAAUGCAUUUUUCCAAAAAUACAAACAAUCAUUAGAAAGAUGUGAUUUUGAUGGUUUAGGUAAAAUUGUAGCAACAAAUCCCUCUGUGGAAAAUUGUGAAUUUCCCAUUGAGAUAUUGGCAUUCCAAGAUCAAAUUGUUCAAAAUGGUAUGGUUUUAAGAAUUUGAAGAAAAAAAAUAGAAAUGGAAUUGUAUUUUAAUUCAAUUGAGUUUUAAGUAA